UCUCAGUUCGACUUUGAAAAAUAUAACCCUCGUGCUUCCGUGAAUAUUCCUCCUCUCAUCUUUGACAAACCCUUCUACAAAUCAAAGACCACCCUUCCAGGGUUGACCGGUUGACCUAUCUUUUUCUCCCGUACUCAAGCGACAAUAUAUCAAAAUGUAUAGAUCCCAGUUCCAAACGCUCCACCUCCCACAAAACUGGAGGGUUCCACACUACAAAAUUCCUAAGACCAGCAUUGACCUGCUUGUCGGAUUCCGGUCACAUGAGGCGGUCUGAAGAACAAGCUAGCCGUGGUUCAACCGGCCGAACCGCCGGGAAGGAGAUAAGAUACAGGGGAGUGCGCCGCCGGCGGUGGGGGAAGUGGGUGUCGGAGAUUCGGAUCCCGGGAAGCCGAAAGCGUCUCUGGCUGGGGUCCUACUCCGCCCCACAGGCCGCUGCAGUGGCCCAUGACACCGCCAUGUUCCUCCUACGUGGACCAUCCUCGUCCAGCGGUCUAAAUUUCCCCGAUCACGUCACCUUGUCUGAUUGCGUUGGCAUGUCGCCCAAGUCGAUACAGAGAGCGGCGUCGGACGCCGGCAUGGCGAUCGAUGCUGAGCUGAUUGCCGCAGGUCCAUUCAUGGAGGCUACGUGGGAGCGUGGUGGCUUGAGUUGUGGAAAUUAGUGAGGUUAGGGACUGUGGAGGUGAGAGAAAUAUUUGAAGGGAUGGUUAACUAAGAGAGAUCUCCAUAUCUGAAGUGCUGUUACUAGCCGUAGUUGAUUAUUUAUCUAAAUUAUCUCGUAAUCUUUGUAAUAAUUACUUGGUUUGUCUAAUGUUGUCUACAGCUAGGAAAGGUGGCAAGAAGGAAUUAUAAAGGAUUGCUUUCUUAUUGGAAACUAAGAGUCAUCAGAUGAUUUUCGUUUUUAAAAAAAAAAUCGAUUUUCUACUUUUUGGAUACGAUGGCAUAAUGACUUUGCCCCCGCCUCCUUUUUCUUCUUCUUUUUCUCCUGGUCCUUUUCUUUUAAUUUUUUUAAUUUACAAUCUGGAGUAUUUAAAUAACAAUUAUAUAUUUAAAUGGUCUCUUAUCUAUGCACUUCACCAGACAAUCCCAACGAUAUCAAUAUGCUAAAAUUAAAUUAACAUGAUAUUAUUAGAUCUGAGAUUGUAUUCUAAAAUUAUGUUCAAACGCAGAGAAUUCCAUACUCAGAAUUCCAUACUCAAAGAGGAGGACAUAGCUUUAAAAGUGAAGGAGUUGUCCCUUAGAGAUGGAGGAGCUGUUUGUUCGCCCAGAGUCCGAAGUACUGUGCUAU